AUGGAGGACAGGAAGAGACCCCCCAUCAGCACCGCCGAGGACCUCGCUCCUCCGAGCAAGCGACAUCAAUCCGUCAAUGGAAGCAAGUCCAAGGGCGAUAGUGGCGACCACGCCGAGGAACACUGGAUCGAGAAUUACCAAAAGGGCGCCAUUUACCGGCAACUUCUAGAAACAAAAAGGGAAAAGCAAGAGUUUGAGUCACGCGUCGAGCAGUUGCAAAAGAAUAUUGUGUAUCGCGAGGAUCAUAUCCGCAUCAUUGAAGUAUGGUGGAAGCAGGUUCUAGAGGAGAUGGAGCAGCUCGUGGACCCUGCAACACCACCCUCCGGCCCAACAAACCCUCCGUACAUUACCAGCACGCACUUUAAAGAUAACGACGAGUUCCAAAGGCAUCUUGACGAGACAGCCUCUGAUAUUAAGAAGCGAGCCGAAGCUGUGCUCAAUCGCAUUGCAAACGCCAGGGGAGAAAUUACGCCAAACAUUGCUGACCUGGAGACUCGGGUCAACAGCCUGCUUGCGCAGCAAAAGGAAUAUCUGGUCAAGUUGGACCGUGCACAGCAAGAGAAUGAGCAGCUAUCGGAAGACCUCAACAAGGCCAGCCUUCGCUUUUUCAAGGCCGAAAAGCGCAUGGACAGAUUAAAGAGCGCGCAGGUUCAGAAGCUCGAGCAGCAAUUCAUAGCCAGCGCCAAGCCGACAAUCGCAACAGGGGAGAACGGACAGGAUGCCGCCGAGGCAAACGGUAACGCUGCCGAGGCACUGCUCAAGUUUGAGGAGGCGUCGGCGGUCGUCAACAAGCAAAAGGAGCAGCUGGAAUCUGCGCAAGCCGAUAUCAAGACCCUACAGGAGGAGAACUCGGCGCUAAAGGCACGACGCGAAGGCCUCACCGACGAAGAUUUCAUCCGGACCGACGUGUUCAAGCAGUUCAAGAACCAGAACGAAGACUUGAUCAAGCGCGUCAACCACCUAGAGGCCACAAACAAGCAGUUGCGAGAAGAGGCCGAAAAGUUGCACUCGGAGCGGACGGCCUUCCGGACCAAGCUCCACGACGAGGCGCAGACGAUAACAUCGGACCUGGAGCGCCAAGUUGAGGAGCGCGACGCAGACCUCACACGAAUCCGCGCCGCCCGGGACGAGUGGUACGCCAAGGCCAACAUGCUGGAAACCCGAGAAAAGGAGGAGAAGCAGGCGCUGCAGCACCUCAAGGAGCUCACGGGUGCCCAGGAGGACCGAAUUGCAUCCUUGGAAUUGGAGCUGCAGCGUCUGAAGCCCGAAGACCAGCCGAUGGCGGAUCCCGACCCCGAACUGGAGAGCAUGCCUGCGGAUGAACUUAUUUCAAAGUACAAGAAGCUGCAGCAAGAUUUCGAGUCGAUCAACAAGGAGUUGCCCGCUCUCCAACAGGCGUACAAGCGAUCGAUGGGUCUCGCACAAAAGAAGGUGAUGGAGUACACGGUUCUCGAGGAUCGGGCAGCGGCCGCACUCGCCGAGAAGCAAAAGGUCGACCAAAAGUACUUUGCAGUGAAGAAGGAUGCGGACAUGAGAGACCGCGAACUUGGUGUGCUCCGAAGCCAGAACCGCAAGAGUUCUGAGAUUGUUGCGCAGCUCAAGGAGGUGGAGGCGCAAAACCGGAUACUGAUUAGCAACCUGGAGAAGCAGCUCUCGGACCUGAAGCAGGCCAACGCCGCAAUGGCUGCAGAGCACAAGAAGAUGGAGUCGAGCAGUUCUGACGCGGCGCGCCGAGUCGAUUCCUACAAGAACCAGAUUGGCGAGUUGACCACCUUGGUCAAGUCGCGCGACGCCGCCAUGGCUGCGGCCAGGGAGCGCACCACAACCCAAGAGGCGGACGUUGAGCGCCUCAAAGUCCGCGCCGACAUGAUGCAAAAGGAGAAGGACGAAUGGAAACGCAAGGCGUUGAGCAACUCGUCGGAAGAAGAAGAGAUGCUCAGAACCUUUGCACUCUGCACAGUGUGUCGCAACAACUUCAAAGAUACGGCCUUGAAGACUUGCGGGCAUCUUUUCUGUCACCAGUGCGUAGACGACCGGAUCAGCAACCGAAUGCGCAAGUGCCCCAACUGCUCGAGGGCCUUUGACCGGCUGGAUGUCAUGUCUGUUCACCACUAG